AUGAAGAUUUUUACAUGCUUAAAUUGUUGCCUUUGUCAAAACCCAUUUAGUGCCACAUCAAAAGAAACCAGCUCGCCAAUGCUUUUCAAGUGUGGUACCGUUGUUUGUAAUGAGUGUUGGAAAGAAGAGAUGGCUCGUGGGAAAGCUUUGUGGAAGCAUCGAUGCUCGAUAGCCGACAAAUGUAAAAUGUCAAACUUUCCGGCUUACUUUUUGAUUGAUUUACUUUCAAACGAGUCGCUUGAGUUGUCGUCGACGGAGAAUGGAUACAUCCUUAAAAAGGAGAUCCAACUCCCCGAGUGCCCCAUUUGUCAAGAAGAGUAUUCCGUUGAUUCACUCGAACGGCAACCGUUUCGCUUAUGGUGUAAUCAUAUGGUUUGCAAUGGAUGUUUCGAGAAAACGUCAACGCAAGUCGCAGGUCCAAAUGGAACGCGGUACACAUAUAAAUGCCCGAUAUGCCAAAAAGCUGAUCCAUAUUUGUUGUCUUCUGGGAAUUUGGAGAAUUGCAUGAAAGUUUUCCUUCAAGAACUACCGACAUUGACGGAACAACUGAAAGAGCAACAGACUAGACAAUCAACUCAGCUUCAGCGGUCUGAAACUUGCGCUGAAUGCGACGAAAGUUUUACGCUCAAACAGAUGUUCGAAUGUGAUGAUUGCAAGAAAAGAAUUUGUGGUGCAUGUUGUUAUCGUCGACAUCGAACUCACAAAGUGGUGGAUCUGCUAGAAGAAGAGAGAAGCAAAAUGCUCCAAGAAACAAAGAAAUCACUUGACAUCCAAAUUAAUGCUUAUGAAAAGAUCUUCCGACAUUUUCAUCAAAAGUUAAUCGAAGAGGUUCAACAAUUGGGACAAAACCUUUUGAAUGAUGUGGCUAAAUUGGACAACGAAACGUUCAAUGUUAUUGCUGUGAAAACAAAAGAACUCAGAAAACUUGGUGAACAAUUCGAGACUUUUUCAGAGGACUACUUGCCGCAUUUGAGAAAAUUCGACACACAAGUUUCGAAGCUGCUAAAAUCGACACUCCCAAAAACAUCGAUCCCGAAAGUACCAAAAGAACCUUUUGCUUUCCUUCGGCCGAAGAAAGUUCCCGAAGAAAACAAUCGCUAUCCACGGCUCUCACAAGGUGUACAAAUAUCUCCCAAUACCACUGUUUACCCUUCACCUUAUUAUAACAUGUCGAUGCCGUAUUUGAGAGAAACCCCGCAACCACAUGGAAGUCCAUUCACAAACAUCAUUGAAGCAGGAUUUGUUCAUUUUGGG